AUGGAGUCAGAUCGGAAGACCGACGAGGAGGCCCCCGGGCAGCUGGCCCACACCGAAAAGAACGGCGUACCGGAUGGACCCUUGGACAUGACGGAGGAGCCGGCCGACCUGGCCGCAAUCGAGAAGAAAUUGGUCCGCAAGCUAGACAUUUACCUGAUCUGGCUCAUCAUGAGCCUCUACCUUUUCAGCUUUCUGGACCGAGUCAACAUUGGCAAUGCGCGACUGUAUAAGCUCGAGGAAGACCUCGGCCUGCACGGCGACCAGUACCAGACGGCCGUGUCGAUCCUCUUCGUGACGUAUCUUGCCUUCGAGGUGCCGAGCAACCUGGUGCUGAAGAAGUUAACGCCGCGCAUAUGGAUCGCGUUCAUCACGACUGCGUGGGGCAUCAUUGCUACGCUUACAGGAUUGGUGCAGUCGUAUGGCAGCCUUAUUGCAUGCCGGCUGCUGCUCGGCGUCGUCGAGGCGGGCUUGUUCCCCGGCCUGAACGUCUACCUCACCUUCUUCUACACGCGCCACGAGCUCGCCCUCCGUGUGGGCUACCUCAUUGUCAGUGCAGCUAUUGCGGGCGGAGUCGGCGGACUGCUGGCCUACGGCAUCGGCCACAUGGACGGCGUCGCAGGAAUGAGCGGCUGGCGCUGGAUCAUGAUUAUCGAGGGCAUCCCCUCAGUGCUCCUGGGCGUGCUCGUCUUCUUCCUCCUGCCCAAUGACAUCGAGCACGCGUACUUCCUCAGCGACGCAGAGAAGAAGAUGCUGGUGGCGCGCCACUCGCGCGAGUACGGGAUGACGACGAGCGCGCGCGAGUUCAGCAAGAAGGAUAUGAACAAGGCGUUCCGCGACUGGAAGGUGUGGGCGUUCUGCAUCGCGCAGUUCGGCGUCGACACGAUGCUGUACGGCUUCUCGACGUUCCUGCCGACCAUCAUCAAGGGCCUAGGCACGUGGACGGCCGCGCAGGUCCAGCUGCUCACGAUGCCGUGCUACUUCCUCGGGGCAGCGACGUACAUGUCUAUUGCGUACCUGUCGGAUCACAUGCAGAAGCGGGGCAUCUUCUGUGUGAUAUUCGGGUCGGUCAGUGUGGUUGGGUAUGGCAUUUUGGUGUCGGAUUCUUCAUCCGGAGUGCACUACUUUGGGUAA